AUGGCUGCCAAGCCCCGACGAGCAGGCAACACGCCUCGAAAGACGUUGAAACAGAGUCUUAAAGACGUCUUCCUGCGCAGACUGCGAAAAUCUCCCAUUCCGCCUGUUGAAACUGUGGGAUCCGGCAUCCUGCGUAAGGGCGGUCCUUCAAGCAGUUUCGUCUCCUCGGUCUGGACUCUCUCUCCUCUCGAAGCAGAUGAUAGUGUUUGGAGUCUGGAACAGUACAACUCCUCCCAUGCAAUACCCAAUCGGUUCGAGACACCAACAGAGAGAUCGACGAGUCGAACCAGGGCCAGACAGUCCCUGCUACCGGCCACCAGCAUUAGCCAAUUCAACCAGCAGCACCUUCGAUACCGCGACCCGACAGCGUCGGAAAGGCCAGUCCAUCAAGCAAUCUCGCAAACCUACACUCCGCUGUCGAGCCAGCAAGCGAGUAUAGCGACGAUCUCGCACAUCCCGAGUGUCUCCACCCUCCGGUUACAAGACUCUCGUCCCAGUCUCGCACCUCGAGAACCUGCCAAGAGACCUGCCUCUCCGUCCUCCGCGCGCACCCUUCGACGGAACGAGAGGCGAGGAAAACAAGUGUCCUGGCUUGACUCGGCAACCAGCAGCUCGAUUUCGGUGCGAACCCACUGUUCGGUCGAAGAGCACGCCGCUGCCAUCGAGCGCCCGGCCUGUCUUCGACAAGUUGAGCACUUCAAAUCCUUUUGCGUCUUGGACACCGCCAUGGCAGGCUGUCCGGUUGUGGCAACAUCUCAAGAAUUAAGGUAUAUCUUUGAAAUCGGCGAGCACUUCUUCUUGAACAGCUGCGAGUGUGAGGGUGCCUCCAUGGACAUUGUCACGGGGCAAGAUGCUGCCGGCGAUCCUGUUACUCACCUUGUCCUCUUCACUCCACUCGUGAUCCCUAGCAGUGGCCGAAGCCGGUUCAUGCUCGUCAGUCUUGUCGACGUCACUCGAUUUAUUCACGAAACAGCCGCAUUGCCCGAGUUCGAGAAGCUGUCCGACAGUUCGACCAUCGAGUCUGAUCCCCAAACUCCGCUGUACAACGCACCACCCUCAGAUUGGGCCCCUCCAACAUGCAAAUUGUCGGCCGAAGAUCUUCUCGGAGGCUGUGUACUGCCGGAGGAUCGUAAUGAUUAUGGAAAACCAACCAUGAGGUCAGCGGACGAUGUCUGGCUGAAUCUGGCCAAUGAAGAAAAAAGUCGAACGUCAACGGCGAGAAACACUCCGCGAUCGACACGCAGCCUCGAUGACAACCCCAGAUCUUCAGACGAUUCGCGCCUUUCUAAAACUAGCACCACCGUAGACGAUGUCCUAGAAGACUUCAUGACAAGCCUACGGGAAUUGUAUUCGGACUUUUUCCUGCUGGGGAAAUCUCCACUGGACGAUACUUACUACGAGAUAUGCAACGUCUCACCCAUGUUGUACGCGGCCAGGGAUUACAUUCACGGACACCUUUCUCGAACGGGACAGCAAGGCCUCGCCGAAUUGAGUGCACGGCUGGCUCAAGACAAGCCCUUCCAGAUCCAAGUCAAAUGGGGGUUGGAGGGAGUCGAUCGACGGCUCUAUUGUAGUCCUCUCUACGGGCACAACACAACCACCUGGAUUUGCUUUCUGGUGGACCCGAAUACCCCAGAAUUGUGGUAG